CUCACUCGCAUCGCUCACUUCUCGCUCCCCAUGCUCGAGCGAGUCCUCUCCAUGCGCAGACCCCCGCCGCACACCGACGACGGCGACGGCGGCGGCGGCGGCGGCGGCGGCGACGGGGACGCCGCCUCCCUCGCCGCCGACGAGUCCAAGACCAAGAAGCACAACCACGUCUCCAUCCUCGUGGCCCGCGCCGCCCACCACUUCUCCAAGCUCAACCACGUCUGCCCCUGGCCCUGCCUCCUCCUCUGCCUCGUCCUCCUCUUCCUCAUCCCCUCCGCGAUCCGCCACUCCCGCAACAUCGUCUGCAUCUCCGACCCCUACGACCCCGUCUCCCGCGCCCGCUUCUUCGGAUUCGACGGCCUCGAGUCCGAUUUCGGCUCCCUCGGCGUUCCCUGGUGCAGAUCGAAACAUGGAAAAAAUGUUGAAUGGACAUCCAAGGAUUUGCUCAAGGGGUUGGAGGAAUUUGUACCUAUAUAUGAAACCCGGCCAAUCAAGAACAACAUGUAUGGAAUGGGCUUUGAUCACAGCUUUGGCUUGUGGUUCAUUGCACGGUGGCUGAAGCCAGAUCUCAUGAUAGAGAGUGGUGCUUUUAAGGGUCAUUCAACUUGGGUCUUGCGACAAGCAAUGCCAGAUACUCCAAUUAUUUCACUUUCUCCCCGACACCCUGAGAAGUACCUAAAGAAGGGCCCCGCUUACGUUGAUGGUAACUGCACGUACUUUGCUGGGAAGGACUUCGUUGAUUUUGGAAGUAUGGACUGGAAAACUGUGAUGAAGAAACACAGGAUCACUGAUCUUAGUCGCGUUCUUAUUUUUUUCGACGAUCAUCAAAAUGAGUUGAAAAGGCUCAAGCAAGCAUUGAGAGCUGGCUUCAGGCAUCUUGUUUUUGAGGACAAUUACGAUACUGGGACUGGAGAUCAUUAUUCUUUAAGGCAGAUCUGUGACCAAUUUUAUAUUACAGGGGGUGGCCACAGCUGCUUCAAGUUUAGCGAUGAAGCCAGAAUUAGAGCGAAGAGAAAGAAGUUCUGGGAGAAGUCAGUUGAUACAGAUGAAUUAUGUGGUCCUGGCGAAGCUUGGUGGGGUGUUCGAGGCAUUAUGCGCGAUAACUUCAACCACAGUAAUGAACCUAUCUCCUACACACAGCACUUUCAAAACAGCCGAUUCCUCGAGUCAGUGCUUGAUGUAUAUUGGGAGCUCCCUCCCGUUGCCGGCCCUUCUCUCACACAUCAAUCCCGAUAUGAUCCUGCUCGCACCAGCCCUCCGAUUGUGGAAGAUGGUCGGUUUCGCUUGUUUCAGCGGCUUGGCUUGGCAGGAUUGGAUCGUUCUGUAUUUAACGGAUAUACUCAGAUGGUAUAUGUUGAGGUAUCAAAACAAUAGUCCUAACACUGAUGAGAGAAUACGUCGUGACGCCACGUUUUCUUCUGGCCUUCUCUCUCAAGACUCGACUUGUUAAUACUAGUUAGGCCUGGUUUAUUCACGUUGCUGCAGUGUUGCUAUUAGGUUCACUUUACUUCUGUUGUAUUCUCUAUUUCCGGUUUUUCCGAAUGAUCUGCUGCAAUGAAAUGCUUUAACAUUCUUUCA